AUGGAGGAGGAGGAUCACCACCACGACGACCAUCACGACCAUCACGACCGCCAGGCAACGGAAUCAUCAACCACUGAGCGCGAGACACACAACUCCGACAAUGAUAAUGAACAUGCCGACACGAGUAUAUCAAUCCAUGAACCCCCCAACGACGAGUCCGCAGUCUCUCUCCCCCCCUUGCCCGAAUACAACGACAGCGCGCUCAACGCCGACAACGACAACAGCCUCUCGUUGUUGCACCAUCCAUCCAGCGAUCCCGACUAUACGCACCGUCGAGACAACCAGACCAUUCUCGACGAGAAGGAGAUGCAGCAGAAGCUAAUGGAUAUCGAGUCUAGCUUUUUGCCGGAACCUUCGACUAUCGGCGUUGCGCCGGAAAACGCUAAUGCUGGUGCCGACGAUACGUAUCUUGUCGGCAUUGGCGAGGAGCGAAGUAGAGAGGAACAAGAAGAAGGGGGCUCGUUCAAUGACAUUGAUGCUGGAUUUGGGGGGUAUGGGGAUAACUCGAUUGGGGAUUUACACGGACAUGCGAACGAGGAAGAGGAAGAGGAAGAGUUUAAUGAUCUCGAUGCCACGCCUGGCCCUCGUAACCGCCAGCGAAAUUAUGAAAACACAUCGGCUCUGGAAACGCUGACCUCGUCACCGACUGCUGCCGCCGCCGAGCGAACCGUCUCGCGCGUCCUGUCGACUGCGUCGAAGAAUAUUGUUCACAACAGCAGCAGUAAUUCCCGUGGUGAAGGCCCGCUGAGUCUUACGCCUAAAAAGAGCAGACGCAAUUUAUCGCCAACCCCGUCCGACUCGAGGCCAUCGCGCGACGCUUUUAUAGAGAAUGAAGACGACAGCAAGCUUUCCCGGACCCCGUCUGAGCGAAGACGAUCUCGCCCGCGGUAUCUGACGAGCCGCCAGUCAUCGCAUCGAUUUUCCAUGUCGUCCGUCAACAGUGCGAAUACAGAUAUUACUACCAGCGACGCAACUCUGGGGGCUGAUUUUGCUUUGCAGUCCGGCGGAGCAGUCUCAGGUAACGCCAACAAGAGUCGAACAGAUCUCUCGCGGUCUAUUAGCUUGGGAAGCAUGGCGUCAGGGGUGUCCGGGGUGAGCGAGGAGAAUGUGUUUGACAAACGGGUCGCCAGCGGUGCGACUGAUGGUGGAUUGCAUACCUUGGACGAGGAGGACACUGUCUCCGUGCCUCCUAUCCAUGAUCUUGAAGACGUCGUGCCCACGACCCCGAAAGCCGCACCGAGAGACGUGUCUUUGCCAACGGAUACUGCGAUUGCAGCCCGCGUCGAGGACAUUCAGGUUCCCGGAACCUUUGCGCGCCAGUUUCGAGAGAAAUUUUCUACCAGCAUGUCUCCUGAAAAACGGACUGCUGGCGCACCAACCCCUGCGUUUGGCCGAAGUGGCCGGAGUCUGACGCUAAAGGAGCAGAGCAGUACAAUUGAUCGUCUGUCCAAAGAGAACUUUGACCUGAAAAUGCGGAUUCAUUUCUUGAACGAGGCGUUGAAUAAACGAUCGGAAGAAGGCAUCAAGGAGAUGAUAUCGGAAAACGUCGAGCUCAAAUCAGACAAGCUUAAACUCCAAAAGGACAACCAGGGAAUGAAGCGUACGGUUCGAGAUUUGGAAAAACGACUCAAGGACCGCCAGGCUGGCAAGGAUUCCGCCAACCAAGGUGGCGAGACUGACGACGAGGCAGCAACAGAAGAAGAAAUUGUGUUCUUGAGAGAGAGGAUCGAGACAUACGAAGUUGAGAUGGAGCGGCUGCGAUCCGAGGUUUUUGUUGGCGAGAAUGAGAAACGCAGGCUGGCUGAGGUUGUUAGGUCUAUGGGGGAUUCUCGUCCGGCUGGGUCGGAGACUGGUGCACGAGAAGAGAGGGACAUGUGGAAAGACAUGCUUGAUGCCGAGACGGCUGCUCGCGAGCAAGCCGACGAGGAAAACAGACGGCUUCGUGACGAGAUUCUACGCAUGAAGGCUGAAGCCAGCUUUGGUUCCGAAGCCGGGCGAUAUGGAAGAUCUGGGCGAUAUGGAAGAUCUGGGCGAAAGGGAUCCUUUAUAUCACAUUCAUCUACUUCCGAGAGAGACCAGGACCGCCGAUUGACUGUUCCCAGCUCUGCCAGCAACACUCUAGUGGAAAUCGAGUUGCUAAAGCAAGAAAACGCUGAACUGCGCCGAGAAGUUAGCGCUCAAACGUCGAUGCUUACAUCUCGCAACAGGGAGAAGGAUCGUCUAUAUCAAGAAAUCGAAGAUCUCAAACUCCAACGCCGCGAAGGAGCCAAGUCGAUUACAAGCGACAGCAUUUUUGAGCGCUCGGCAUCACGAGCCCAUGCCCGCUCUUCGUCUCGUGCCAGCAACGGAACAAGAACUUCUGCUAGCGAUACCGAACGGGACAACUUGGAAAUACGCAACGGCGAGCUACGAGACCAAGUAUCUACGCUAAAACUAGAGAAUCAAGGACUACGGGGCCAGCUUGACGAAUACACGACCGAGCUUGAGACGUUGGACAAGGCGUAUCAAGCAGACGUCGACCAGGCUGAAGAUGAAAUACAGAAUCUGCAACAGGAGCGCGACCAAGCGUAUCAGAUUGCCGAAGAGCGUGAAGCAGCCUUGCAGGAUCUCAAGCACGAGGCCCAAGAGGAGAUUGAUGCGCUCGGGGACGAACUAGACCAAAAAAUUGAUGAAUGCCAACGACUAGAAGUGGAUCUUCGAACUCAGGAAGACAGCCUCAAGACACUACAAUCUGAAAUGCGUUCUGCAAGUGAGGGCAUACUGCGACUCGAGGAAGACGCACAGAACAAUCUUCGCAAAUACAAGACAGUGCAGCAAGAGUUGCAGGAUUCCAACAGGGAGAUUGACUCUCUGGAGAAGAGUCUCUUUGAGGCGAACGCCAAAGUCCAACGACUCACCGUCCAGCUCGAAUCAAGCCAGAAUGAAAUUUCUUUCUUGCGUGAAGAGCAAGAUGGCGACAAGAUCCGCAUCAGCGAUCUUGACUCUGAACUAAAGACCUACCAGAUCAACCUCCAGGCUGAGCGCGAAAAGACCAAGGAGCUAGAGUCUCGACUCGCCGAAGAAAGGCACCAGCGCGAGGUGGUGGCGAGCAAAGAAAAGCAAGAGGUGCACCGCAUUAUAAACGACCUGAACCGCGAGUCUUCGACGGCCAGAGACGAGGUGCGCAAGUUGAAAAAGACGCUGUCUGCGCGGGAGAUUGAGGCGUCGACCUGGAAAGAGCGUCUCAUGGAGCUUGAGAAUGGGCUGCGCGAGGCCCUGGGUGACUUGAACGGCACGCGGUCUAGUCUUUUGAACUCGAUUAUCAAACUGCAGAAAGAGCUCGAGUCGACUGCGCUGGAGCUCGAAAGCACGCGAACGAAGCUUGACGAGAAGGAGUCGAUAUUACAGAACCGCGACUCGUUGCUGGAAAGCCACGGGCUUGAAUCUCGCAAACUGGCGGAUCUGUUGGAACGUGAACGACAAGCUCGUCGGGCCGACAAGCACUCUUUCGACCAGGCUUUGAAAUCUCAGCAACAGGCAUCACGGACAAUAACACAAAACAACUCCCGCAUCACCGACCUAGAAAAUGCGCGAGGCCAGGACCGGAAACGCUAUGCUUCUCUUGAGCAGCAGCUCAAAGACCAGCUGAACGAACGCAACACGCUUUACCUAAACCUGUGGAAGCGGCUAUCGGCCAUGUGCGGCCCUGACUGGGCACACUCUAACAGCCUGAUCAACGGGAAUCUACCGAGUACAGAGGUGAUUGGCAACAUUCUCUUCUGGCCAGGAUUCAGCCGUAACCUGCUCCUCGCCCUCAAAACUGUGGAGGGAAUGCUCUCGGGCUUCAAGAACCGCAUCAGAGCGGUGGAACGUGACUUGACGAAAGAAUACCAGUCCCUCGAGCACAAUCUGGGGUUGCGUAUCAAGAAGCUCGACCGAGUCGAGGAGGCAGUGCGCAACAUCCGUGCCCAGCAACGAGCCUCGAUCACGUCGCCAGAGGUUUCCAAGCUGCGGACUGAAAACCGGCUGCUCAAAGCAGAGCUCAACCUGAUGCAGCAGCCACACUCGAGAAACCGGCAUUCUGGGUCUGCUGGUGCAGCGAUUAUUGCAGCCAACGUUGCUGCGGACCACGACCUUGACCGUUCGUCGCCUAACCGAUCAUCAUCUGGUGCUACUACUGCUGCUGUUACUAGCAAGGGAAUAGUGACCCGCAACGCACCCGGAACUCCGCACUCAUCCACCGCCCUAGCAGCAACAACCCAGUCUCAACGCAGCACCACCACCACCCUCAGCGACGCCGAGCAAGACCGACGCUGGAUCGAGCGUCUCCGCGAACUCGAGCGCCGGCUAAAAGCCGAGCGAGAAGCGCGCGUGGUCGACCGCAACGGCGCGCGCAAAAGACUCGAAGAGCGCGUUGCCGAGAACAUGGAGCUGCGAGCUGAACUGGACCGAGAACGGCUGCGUCGCGGCCAGCGGGCUUUGGAGGCUGGCAGCAGCAGCAGUAACAACAGCAGUGCUCAUAGACGAGCUGUGGAGUCUUCGGGAGAUGAUGUGCAGCGCAGCAGUGACAAUGACACGGAUGCGCAUAGUUCGUAUGGCGAAGGGAUAACCGUGGAUAUCGAGAUGUAG